CUGCGGUGGAUGGCUCUGGGGACGAUCCCGAAGCUGUGCCGCCCCCCUGCCGUGCCGGUUGGAGGGUCGCUGCAGAGGCUGCUCACGGUCCCGGGGCUGGGGCCAAGGGAGCCUGCACCAGAGACCCAUGUGGAACCCAAGGACGAAGCCGCCCUGCUGAGAGCACGGCGGCCCAUCCUUGGAAACCGUGACCUCACGACGGUGGCCCUCGGCCCUCCACCUCCGGCUGGGGCGGGGGGCGCCCAUCUCCAAGUCCCCAGCCAUGACGACCUCAGCGCUGCGGCGCCAGGUGAAGAACAUCGUGCACAACUACUCCGAGGCGGAGAUCAAGGUGCGCGAGGCCACCAGCAAUGACCCCUGGGGCCCGCCCAGCUCGCUCAUGUCAGAGAUUGCUGACCUGACCUUCAAUACGGUGGCUUUUGCUGAGGUCAUGGGCAUGCUGUGGCGGCGGCUCAAUGACAGCGGCAAGAACUGGAGGCACGUGUACAAGGCGCUAACACUGCUGGACUACCUGCUCAAGACAGGCUCCGAGCGGGUGGCCCACCAGUGCCGGGAGAACCUCUUCACCAUCCAGACACUCAAGGACUUCCAGUACAUUGACCGUGAUGGCAAAGACCAGGGCGUCAACGUGCGCGAGAAGGUCAAGCAGGUGAUGGCCCUGCUCAAAGAUGAGGAGCGCCUCCGGCAGGAGCGGACCCAUGCCCUCAAGACCAAGGAGCGCAUGGCGCUGGAGGGCAUGGCCAUGGGCAGCGGGCAGCUGGGCUUCAGCCGCCGCCACGGCGAGGACUAUGGCCGCUCUCGGGGUUCCCCGUCCUCCUACAAUUCUUCCUCCUCGUCCCCCCGCUACACCUCAGACCUGGAGCAGGCCCGGCCCCAGACGUCAGGAGAAGAGGAGCUGCAGCUGCAGCUGGCCCUGGCCAUGAGCCGGGAGGAGGCUGAGAAGCCAGUCCCCCCAGCCUCCCCCAGGGACGAGGACCUGCAGCUGCAGCUGGCUCUGCGCCUGAGCCGGCAGGAGCACCAGAAGGAGGUGCGGUCCUGGCGGGGAGAUGACUCCCCCAUGGCCAACGGUGCUGGGGCUGCAGUCCGGCCCCGUCAGCAGGACAGAAAGCCUGAGAGAGAAGAGAGAAAGGAGGAGGAGAAGCUGAAAACCAGCCAGGCCUCCAUCCUGGACUUGGUGGACAUCUUCACACCUUCCCCGGCCCCGCCCUCCACGCACGGCUCCGCUGACCCAUGGGACAUCCCAGGUCUCAGGCCCAACACAGAGCCCAGUGGCUCCUCCUGGCCUUCUGCAGACCCCUGGUCUCCGGUCCCCUCAGGAAGCCUCCUGUCCCGAAGCCAGCCAUGGGACUUGCCCCCUACGCUCUCCUCCUCUGAGCCCUGGGGCCGGACCCCAGUGCUGCCUGCUGGAACCCCCAUUACAGAUCCUUGGGCACAGAACUCUUCCCACCACCAACUCCCCACCACCGGGGCUGACCCUUGGGGGUCCUUAGUGGAAACCUCCAGCACACCUGCUCUAGGUGGCACCUCGACCUUUGACCCAUUUGCCAAACUUCCAGUAUCCACAGAGACCAAGGAGGGGCUGGAGGGUGCCCAGGCCCUGCCCUCUGGGAAGCCCAGCAGUCCUGUGGAGCUGGACCUGUUUGGAGACCCUAUCCCCAGUUCCAAGCAAAAUGGUACUAAGGAGCCAGAUGCCUUUGACCUGGGUGUAGUAGGAGAAGCCCUAACCCAGCCCAGCAAAGAAGCCCGAGCUCGCACUCCUGAAUCCUUCCUGGGCCCCUCAGCCUCUUCCUUGGUCAACCUUGACUCCUUAGUCAAGGCACCCCAGGCUGCAAAGACCCGGAACCCCUUCCUGACAGAUUUCAGCGUUCCAUCCCCCACCAACCCGUUCGGCGGGGGCGAACUGGGCAGGCCGACCCUGAACCAGAUGCGAACCGGGUCGCCCGCGCUGGGCCUGGCUGCCGGCCGGCCGAUAGGGACGCCGUUGAGCUCCAUGACCUACAGCACUUCCCUGCCCCUCCCACUCAGCAGCGUGCCCGGCAUGAGCCUCCCCGCCUCAGUGAGCGUCUUCCCACGGGCCGGCGCCUUCACGCCGCCCCCCUCGAGUCUGCCCCCUCCGCUGCUGCCCACAUCGGACUCCUCUGGGCCUCUCCAUCCCGCCCCUCAAGCCAGCACCAACCCCUUCCUCUGAGCACCUUCCUGCCCUCGCCGCCUGGCGCUUGGCGAGGCCCCGCCCCGCAACGGAGAGGAGAGGCGGGCUUCCACCCAGGACCCACCCCCGGAAGCCGGCUCGGCUGAGACUCCGCCCCGAGGCCACUGCGGACCCCGGUCCAGGCCUUCGCAGACCCUUUGCAGCCCCUGGAGCUAUCGAGUGACCGCUGCCCGGGGCCGAGACCGCGACCCCGUAAUAAAGACUGGAACCCACGAUCUCAGCUCUCACCAAGUGGACUUUUUGCGGGGCGUGGCGGCCAGGUCUGGACCACAGCGCAAAUCACUGGCUGCCGUGGAAAAAACUGCUCCACGAUGUGGGGGCACAAAAAACCCUCCCACUUCCUGCACAGCCCCCUCAGCCUGACACCUUCGCUUCCAGACGCUCCCUAGGCUCUCCUUCAUUUGAUCAUUUUCAUUCAUUUAUCACACGUAGGCGCUGGAAUGAUCUAAUAGCAAGGAACCCAUUUAUUGAACACUUACGUGCUAAGCACUUUAGACAGAUUACUUCAUUUAAUCCUUGCAACAACCCUUUGAGGCAGAUAACGUUGCUCACAUUCAAGACUGACUACACAAUUGGUGGGGCCCAGCGCAAAAUGAAAAAGUGGGGCCCCUUGUUAAAAAUCGGGUGAAGAAUUUAAAAAUGAGGGCAGCAGAGCAUUAAACCAAGUGCAAAACCCAUUUUCUAGGCAGGGAAACUGAAGCUCAGGGAGGUUAAAGUCACAAAGCUAGUAUGGGGGUGGGGCGGGGAUUCAGCCUCCGUUCAGCUCCACUGGCUUCGAGGUCACAGCCUCGCAGCAGGUUUAAUUCACAAAUACUGACUGCUGUGUACAAAAUGCUGGGCUUGCCUGGGGUUGGUGGGGAGGGCGGGGGGCAUGGAGGCAGAGAAUUAAUUGCUAAGCCCACCAUCUCCAGGAGCUCAGAACUCAGCCGGGCAGGUGAGGCAGGCACAAGAGCCCCCAUGCUCCUUUGUUCUACUGCGUCGCCUUCAGUCUGGCUCUGCCCUCCUCUCCUUCUCAGGGCUGGCAAUAAGCUCAAUCUCAGCUGUGCAGAGGGAGCCUGAAGGCCUAUGUGGGAUCUGAGAAACCAAGGCAGAGGCGGAGGGCCUGAGGCUUCAUCCAGAGGCGACCAUGGUCACCUUCCCUCCUUUUCUACUCGACGCUCUCCGGUCACUGAACCACCAGACACUAAUGUGUCCUCAGUGCUCAGGGUCUGGCCCUGCUGCCAGCUCCACCCACUUUAAAAUGCUGGGAGAAAAUGGCCUUCCAUAGAUCAGAAACACCAAAGUCGGGGGAAACACAUAAUGCUGUUCUUCCUAAGGCUGGGGUGGGGAACGGGGAUGUUUUGUUGUUUUGGAGGGAGUCCCACCUUGGCUGUUG